AUGGUCCAUUCUUUCAAUGUACUCAAUAUGGACCCUAUGGCUGGUCAAUUGGUCUUCAACACGGCAAUAAUACUGCGGAAUUACGAUCUUGGAACUCAUCGAUAUGUCACCGAGACCCGGAUUUUUCACCAAAAUAACUACAUUAUUCCCGAGAGACGUCAAAAUUAUUCGAGAUACUGGACUGCGGUUUUGAUCAGAAGAGCUUGGGAGUUAGUCGUGGUUUGGUGA